AUGUCGGUCCCAAGCACACUCGUGAGACAACCGCCCAUUCAGUCCAUGCUGGCGCCGUCCUGGUUCACAAGGAGAAAGAGUGUGAUUUUUAAAUUGCUCCAGAAGAGACAACUAAAUGGAGAUGCAUCCAGGCUCACUGAUUGGCAUGUGGCACAAGACUCCGUGCGCAGCUGGUACCUUGGAUUUGAAUGUACUGUCUCUUCUGGUGAUUCUGGAGCCAAACCUCUGAUCUUCACAUUUGUCCCCACUGUCAGAAGACUACCAACCCACUCUCAGUUGGCUGACACCUCUAAAUUCCUUGUUAAAAUUCCUGAGGAACCAAGUGAUAAGAAUCCAGAAACUGUAAAUAGGUCUAAUUUCAGUGAGUACUUGACCUUGAAAGCUGGGAGCCAACAGCAGAGAGACGGAGGGGCAUUGACUUAUCCUUCAGAGGUCAGCGGAAAGAUAGCACAAGUAAGGGAAUUUAAAGUGAACGAACCCCAAGGAAUGCAGCAAAGUGGCCUCUUCAAAGCUGAAUAUGUCUUUAUUGUGGACUCUGAAGGGGAAGAUGAAGCUACAAGCAGAAAAGUUGAACAAAGCCCCCCAGGGGGGAUGGGCACCACAGCUACUCGGCCUACAUCUCUAGCAAUCUCCUCCAGUCUGGUCUCUGAUGUGGUGCGUCCCAAAACAAGGGCAACAAACCUCCAGGCCCCAUCACAUCCUGAAAUGCCUCAUGGGAUGGCUUCUCAACAAAAGCAUGGGCAGUCAACUUCUUCUUCCACUACCUCUGAGCAGCUUGCCUGUAAACCACCUGCUUUCUCCUUUGUUUCUCCAACUAAUCAGAAAGCACCACCUGACCCCGCUAAGCUCGGCGGGGCCUCUGCCCUAGAGGAGUUCCACACUAGGAGGCUGGACGCCAGUGGGGCCUUGGUGGAAGAAACAGCUUCGUAUUUUCAAACUUCCACUCACUCGUCACCCUUUUUUGCAUCGAAAGGCACCUCCUCGACGUUUCAGUUUCCCCAUUCCACUCAGUUAUCAGGUUCUAAUUUGUCCAGUCCCAGUGAAGCAGAUCAAAAACCUGGACGGACAUUGGAAGUUCUGAAGAAGACAGCGUCAGCCUCACAUGUCCUUAGCUCUGGAGAAAGUCUGCGACCCUCUUCUCCUCCACCGUCCUCCAGUGCUUCUCUGAAGUCGAAUUCAGCCUCAUACUUACCAGUCCGUAUUGUCAUGCAUUCACUCUCUCCAAGUCCAAAGCCAUUUACUUCCUCUCUCCAUGGCUCUUCUUCCACUCUCUGUAGCCCAAUGUCUUCUAGUGGAAAUCUCUCAAGGUCAGGGGUGAAAUCCCUGGUGCCCUCUCGGCUUUCUCUUCUCACUGCCAUCCUCAAGUCAAACCCUUCUCACCAGAGACCCUUGUCCCCUGCAUCCUGUCCCACUUUCUCUCUCAACUCCCUGGCUUCGUCCACACUCACACUUGAUCAAAAAGCAAAGCAAGCCCCAUCCACACCUAAAAAAUCUCUCUCCAGUUGCUCACUGAGCACCAGGUCUCCUGGGCAAAGGGAACACCAGGAUUCUGAAUUUAGCCAGCCAUCCUUUCACUUACCUUUUUUCACCCAAUCUGCUCCCCUUCCUCAGGCACACCCCCUUUCUCCCACAAAACAUGAAAGUAGUAGCCUUGCUUCUUUGAAUGUAGAGAAGACACCAUCACCCACUUCUUUAAAGAGUAAUUCAAUCCCCUCCCUGCUGCAAACAACAUCGAGUCCUGUAGGUCUUCCUCCUGCUUCACAAAGAUUUUAUCCUUUUUCUUGGAAGAGCAAAAGGGAUGCUGACCUCAGGGGUCCAGAAAAGCCCAGGGAUAUUUACACAUAUCCUUCUGCAUCAGCCUCCUCUAUGUUACCGUCUGCAUUUCCCACUAACCAAAGAGCCACACUCUCCUCUCCAGGGGAAAGUUUCCAUCCUUCCCCAGUUCUUUCAGACCUGCUACACAGAUCCCAGAGAGCAGCACCACAGCUCUCUGGCCAAGGGCAGAAUCCUUCUGCUCCUACUUCACCGCCUGUCUCCAGUGCCAGCUCUGCCUCUCUUCCCAAAUUGGGGUCCUCCCCUCCCCCUCAUGCUAAUCUUCCCACUCGGGCACCCCAGCUCAGUCCUUCCGCACUGCACCCAAAUUGUGGCAGUGGCACCUUACCUUCAAGAUUUGGGAAAUCGGAAAGCUCAAUAUCUGACCACAGGUCAUCUGUUUCGACCCCAUCACCUUCCACCUCUCUAACAAGAACCAAGGAGCGGUUUUCACCUUGUGCAUUUUCCAUGCCAACAGACCCUGAGAAUAAGAAACCCAAGCAAUACAAGACCAGUUCAAGCUACAAGGCUUUUGCAGCAAUCCCUACCAACACGUUGCUUUUGGAACAGAAGGCACUAGAUGAACCGGCCAAAACUGAAAACAUCUCCAAGGACAACACAUUAGACCCACCUCUGGAGUUUUGUUUCCCUGCACAGCUCAGGCAGCAAACUGAAGAGCUCUGUGCUACCAUUGAUAAGGUCUUACAGGAUUCCUUGUCUAUGCAUUCUUCUGGUUCUCCUUCAAGUUCUCUACAGAAAUUGUUGGGUUCUGACACUACCAAAACACCUACAACUGUUCCGAGAUCAGCUGGUCGAGAAACCAAAUAUGCAAACCUCUCUUCACCAUCAUCUACAGUAUCUGAGAGUCAGCUGACUAAACCUGGAGUAAUUCGCCCGGUACCUGUAAAAUCCAAAAUAUUAUUGAAAAAAGAGGAGGAUGACUAUGAACCCAACCCUUUCAGUAAAUAUCUGGAAGAUAACAGUGACCUCUUUUCUGAGCAGCUGAGUCAUCCAAUGGUGACUAUUCCUGAACAUGAGACUCUUGAUUCCAAAGAGAUGAGGAAACUGAGGCUGAGGGAAGUCAGCUAAAGCCAAAUAGCUGGAAACUGUCUGCACAAUCAGGAAUCCAGAUCUGACUGCCUGAAGCCUGUGCUCUUAAGCCCUCUGCUGUACCCUAUCUGGCUAUCUUCCUUUCUAUCUGUAUUAUCUAAUUCUGUCUCCC